CUCCACCACUCUCUCUCUCUCUCUCCUCUCACUCUCUCUCUUUCUCUCUCCUCUCCUCUCUCCCACCUUUUACUCUCCCUCUGACUCUCAUCUCUCUCUAUCUGUAUCUUCUUCUCUUUUUCUGUAUGUGAUUUAUUUCUUUCUCCACUUUGUCUUGGCAUUAAAUUUGUAUUUGCAUUGUACUCAAAAACACCACCCCCAUGUGCUUUUGCUUUGUUUGUUUCUGAGAACUGGAGAGGAAGAGUGAAAGAAGAAUCUCUUGUUUUAGAAAUUCACAUGCAACCAACCAACGCCCUUUUACCCCCACUAGCUUAGGUAGUUCCUUUUAGUUUUUUUUUUCCCUUUCUUUCCUAGCUCAGAGAGUGAGACAUCUUUCAUUCCAAACAGCACUGAAGAAAUGACUAAAGAUGAAGACUUUAAGCUCCUCAAGAUCCAGACUUGUGUUCUUAAAGUGAACAUACAUUGUGAUGGGUGCAAGCAAAAAGUGAAAAAACUUCUUCAGAGAAUUGAAGGUGUUUACCAAGUAAGCAUAGAUGCAGAGCAGCAAAAAGUGACAGUCUCAGGGAGUGUAGAUUCUGCAACUUUGAUCAAGAAAUUGGUCAGAGCAGGUAAGCAUGCUGAGCUAUGGUCUCAUCAACAGAAAAGCAGCAACCCGAGCCAAAAGCAAAAGGUCCAAUGCAUCAAAGAUGACAACAACAACAACGACAAGAACAUCAAAGCCCAAAAGCAGAGUAUGAAUAUGAUGAAGGGGCUUGAAGCAUUCAAGAACCAGCAACACCAGCAGCACCAGCAGAAGUUCCCUGCUGCUUCACUUGUCUCAGAAGAUGAUGAUUACUAUCUUGAUGAUGAUGAUUACGACGAAGACGACGAUGAAGACGACGAUCUGCGGUUUCUGAGGGAGAGAGCAAACCAAUUGGGGCUGCUCAGGCAACAAGCAGCUGCCUUGCAGGCAAACAAUGCCAAUAAAGCUGCUGUUGGAGGCAUUGCUGCAGCUUCUUCCAACAAUGCCAAAAUGAAUGGCAAUGUUGGAAAGAAAGGCAACCCAAAUCAGAACAUGGGAAUGAAGGCAAACCCUAACCCUAACCCUAACCCUAACCCUAACCAAGGUGGGAUUGAUCAGAAAACCAUGGCAGCUCUGAAAAUGAACAAUGCCCAUUUGGGUGGAGGAUCAGGAGGACACAUCAAUAAUCCUAUGGAAGGCAAAAGGGGAUCAAAUGACAUAAAUGCCAUGAUGGGUCUUGCUGGUUUUCAUGGAAAUGGGGCCAACAAUGUAAAUGUUGCUGCUCUUGGAGGCAAUCCCAAUUCCAAUUCCAAUGUUUUGGGAGGGUUUCAAGUUCAACCAAACAAUGGUAAUUUCCAAGGGCCUUCUUCUAAUGGAAUCCCAAAUGGUGGUCUUGCAACAGGAGGUCAUCAUCCAUCAUCAUCCAUGAUGAUGAACAACAUGAACAUGAAUGGGUAUCCAUCAGCAUCAAUGAUGAUGAACAUGCAGAACAGGCUAGCCCUGCAGCAGCAGCAACAACCACCACAACAACCCCAGACGAUGUAUCAAAGAUCACCAUUCAUUCCACCUAGCACUGGUUAUUACUACAAUUACAACUAUAACCCCAUCCCAUACAAUUACAACACCUACAGUGAGCCCAAUUCCAAUGGUGAUCAAGCAACUCAUAUGUUCAGUGAUGAGAAUACUAGUAGCUGCUCUAUCAUGUGAAUGGGUUGGGGAUAAGAUGGGGAUGUGUUUCAGUGAUGAAUCUUUAUUUAUCUAUUAUUGUGAAGUUGUUAGAUGAUGGUUUCUAUUAUAUUAUUCAGUUCUGUCAUUUUGUUCUUGUUUCAGGACUGAUUUGAUCUUGUGGUUUGUGGUUCUACAAUAUUAAUAUAUAUGAAACUUAAAUGAGUGAUUAAUAUAUA